AUGCGAAUGAUUCUCAACCUCAUGCUGCUCAGCCUCGGCUUUGCUCAUCUGGGCCAGGCCGAGGACGGCAGAUGCUGUUUACCGGAGUGUAGAACGUGCAGCUUCGAGGCUCGCGGUGGAGGAGGUGGAGGACACCGGUGCCAAGGCCCGAUCUUCUACAACUGCUGCUCCGAGUCAGCCAUUGCCAAGGUGAACCUCGCCGCCAAGAACUAA